AUGGGCAUCACCAAGAUCCACGCCCGCCAGGUCUACGACUCCCGCGGCAACCCGACCGUCGAGGUGGACAUUGUCACUGAGACCGGCCUGCACCGUGCCAUCGUGCCAUCUGGCGCCUCUACCGGCUCCAACGAGGCCUGCGAGCUCCGCGAUGGCGACAAGAGCAAGUGGGGUGGCAAGGGCGUCACUAAGGCCGUCAGCAACGUCAACGACAAGAUCGCCCCAGCGCUGAUCAAGGAGAGCAUGGACGUCAAGGACCAAACCGCCGUCGACAACUUCCUCAACAAGCUCGACGGCACGCCAAACAAGACCGAGCUUGGUGCAAAUGCCAUCCUCGGUGUGUCAAUGGCUGUGGCCAAGGCCGCCGCUGCUGAGAAGCGUGUCCCUCUCUACUCCCACAUCAGCGACCUGGCGGGCACGAAGAAGCCAUACGUCCUGCCCGUGCCGUUCAUGAACGUGCUCAACGGCGGCUCGCACGCUGGUGGACGACUCGCUUUCCAGGAGUUCAUGGUUGUGCCGACCGAAGCACCAUCCUUCACCGAAGCCAUGCGCCAAGGCUCCGAAGUCUACCAGAAGCUCAAGGCUCUCGCGAAGAAAGAGUACGGACAAUCCGCCGGCAACGUCGGUGACGAAGGCGGUGUAGCCCCUGACAUCCAGACUGCCGACGAAGCCCUCACUCUCAUCACCACCGCCAUUGAGCAAGCCGGCUACACGGGCAAGGUCAAGAUCGCCAUGGACGUCGCCUCCUCGGAGUUCUACAAGAAGGACGCCAAGAAGUACGACCUCGACUUCAAGAACCCCGACAGCGACCCCUCGAAGUGGGUGACGUACGAGCAGCUCGCCGACCAGUACCGCGAGCUCGCCAAGAAGUACCCCAUCGUCUCCAUCGAGGACCCGUUCGACGAGGGCGACUGGGAGGCGUGGAGCUACUUCUACAAGGACGCGCCGUGCCAGAUCGUCGGCGACGACUUGACCGUCACCAACCCCACGUUCAUCAAGAAGGCCAUUGAGACCAAGGCGUGCGACGCGCUGCUGCUCAAGGUCAACCAGAUCGGCACGGUCAGCGAGGCGAUCCAGGCGUCCAAGGACGCUUACGGCGCGGACUGGGGUGUUAUGGUGUCGCAUCGUUCUGGUGAGACGGAGGAUGUGACGAUCGCGGAUAUCGCGGUCGGUCUACGCAGCGGGCAGAUCAAGACGGGUGCACCGGCACGGUCGGAGCGUUUGGCGAAGCUCAACCAGAUUCUGAGGAUCGAGGAGGAGCUGGGCAGCAACGCGGUGUAUGCUGGGACCAAGUUCCACGCUGCUGUGAACAUGUGA